GCUCCGGGCGGUGACACGUCACUAAACAAGCGGAGACGUCGUCUUGUCCUCGAGGCGUUUAGAAAAGAGGCUUUGUAUCGAGGCGCUUUCUCUCCUCCGAGAGCAGCUCGUUGUCUGUGUCAGUAGCGGGCGAUAGAAAGACAGGCCAGGCGGCGGUUAAUCAGCAAUGCGGAUUGCGACGCUAAUCUCUCUGGCCAGGCCGAUCGGCCCGGUGGUGGUAGGCAUCUCUCUGGGCUUCACUCUCAGCCUGCUCAGCGUCACAUGGGUGGACGAGAGCUGCGGUUACGGGGCCGUCGGUGUGACCGAGGAGGCGCCGGUGGCUGCGCCGGGAGGCGCGAAGGGCGCGCGCAAGCCGAGCUCGAUAGCAACGGGCAACGCCGAGGAGGAUGACUUCCAGCCCAAAAUAGUGCCAUACAACAAGCCCGCCCAACAAGAUCCACCGAAGAAAGUUUUCAGAGCCAAGUACGCCAGCACGGAGCUGGGUAUUCAUGAGCGUCUCUUCGUAGCAGUCAUGACCUCCAAAAACAACUUAAACACAUUAGCUGUGGCAGUGAACAGGACCCUGAAUCACCACCUGGAUGGCCGGCUUAUCUUUUUCACCAGCUCUCACAACCGCAAAGUCCCUCACGGGAUGUUUGUGGUGGCCCACGGUCAUGAGCAUCCUGUGCCCAACAUGGUACAGACCGUGCAGUAUCUUUUGGAGCACCAUGUAGUAGAGUACGACUGGUUCUACAUACUUCAGGAUGACACUUACAUCCAGCCUGACCGACUGAAGACGCUGGUGGGCCACUUGAGCAUGGACCUCCAGUUGUACAUGGGCCACCCAGGGGAGUUCAUUGGAGGUGAAGCCCAGGGAAGGUACUGUCAUGGAGGUUCAGGUUUCCUCCUGUCCAGGGCCUUAUUGCUGAAGCUUAAGCCCUUCUUGGAGCAUUGUCGGACUGACAUUGUUAGUGUCAGGCCUGAUGAGUGGCUUGGGCGCUGCAUCCUCGAUUAUGCUGGCAUUGGCUGUGUGAAGGAGUAUGAGGGUCUUCAUUAUAACUAUUUUGAGAUGAAAAACACCAUGGACCUGAGUGGAGAUGAAAGCCCAGACUUCCAGGACGCUCUCUCGGUUCACCCAGUGAGCAGCCCAGAGCAGAUGUAUCGCCUGCACAGAUACUUCACAGAAAGAGAGCUACAGAAAACCUAUGAAGAGAUCAAGGAACUUCAGGCGGAGAUAAAGAACAUCAGCCACUUGGCUGUGGAUGGCAACCGGAGCACAGCAUGGCCUGUAGGAGUCCCACCUCCGUUUGAGCCCAAGAGUCGGUUUGAGGUGCUGCGCUGGGAUUAUUUCACAGAGGAGCAGCUGUUCUCCUGUGCUGAUGGCUCGCCUAAGUGCCAGCUGACUGGCGCCGACCGUGCCGACGUGGAUGAUGUCAUUAAGGUUGCUGUGGCUGAGCUGAAUAAGAAAUACUCACCUGUUCUGCAACUGAGCACCCCACAGUUGGUCAAUGGAUACCGUCGCUUUGAUCCAACCCGCGGCAUGGAAUACACACUUGACCUUCAGCUUCGGGCAGAGACCGAAUCGGGCUCGGGGCAAUCGGUAUCACAGCGCGUCCAUUUGCUCCGGCCGUUAAGUCGGGUUGAGAUCAUCCCCAUGCCGUAUGUGACCGAAGCCACACGAGUUCAUAUCUUACUACCACUAACUAGUGGGGACCGCAGCGCAGCAGUCCGGUUUCUAGAUCGCUGUGCUUCAAGUCUGUUUGAGCCAGCUGAGAAUGCAAUACUCAGCUUCCUCUUCCUGUACGAUCCUGCAGAGGCACAGAAAGUGGGCACAGAUGAUGUUUUUGCAGAGGUCAAGAUAAAAGUGGCUGCAAUUGAACGUCGCUUUCCAAAUGUCAAAGUGCCAUGGAUCAGUGUGAAGACGGAGAACCCGGGUCUUCUGCGUGUGCUGGAUGUGGUAUCAAGGAAGCAUCCGGCAGACACUUUAUUUUUGCUAGCUACUGCUGACACAGCAUUAAAUCCUGAAUUCCUGAAUCGCUGCCGUAUGAACGCUAUAAGCGGCUGGCAAGUCUUCUUCCCCAUCCAUUUUCAAGACUUCAACCCACAAGUUGCGUAUCCCGAUCAGGCUCUGCCCACGGCUUCGGAUUUAGUGCGUGAGGCAGGCCACUUCGACCGCUAUUCUUUUGAAGAGGCGUGCUUCUAUAACGGUGACUACAUGUCUGCUCGGGCACACAUGGAAGCAGACACACAUGAGGAUGAGGAGCUGCUGGAGAGCCUGGAUACCUAUGACGUGUUUGUGCGCUAUUCAGGCCUGCAUGUAUUCCGUGCCGUUGAACCUGCGCUCCGUCAGGAGUACCGAAAUCACACGUGCGACGCACGGCUGAGCGAGGACAUCUUCCACCGCUGCCUCCAGAGCAAACGUGAAAGCAUCGGCUCCCGCUCCCAGCUUGCCAUGCUCAUGUUCGAACAAGAACAAGGCAACAGCACCUGAGCUCUUUCAUGAAUCUUACUGCAGGAAUCAGAGACUGGCGACGGGCUAGCAUGUUCUAUCCUGCGAGAUUUCUACAAAUCUUUUGAAAGAACAUGCAAACAAUAAGGUGCUGCAGAAAGCAUCCUCUAAAUAAGCCACCACUCCAUAACCCAGCAAGGGGCAGAAUGGAAACCUGCAUUUGAAGGAACCUUUUUCAGAGUAUGUGAAAAUGUUGUGGAGGUUCUGAACUGGAGAAGGUCUCUGUGGUGGCCCUGAUGGAAGCAAUAAGUAUUGCGGAGGAAACCUUUAGGGCUAAUUUUGUUAAAUUAACUUAAACUAGAGACCUCAGAAAGGGUGGAAACCAUCCAGUUCCAAGCAAUCUCCAAAAUUGCCUGUGUUUGUUCAAAAUGUAUUUCUGUCUCUCAUUCAUUUUCAUGCUUGCUAUGUUUGUCAGGGGCCAAUGACCAGCUCUGCCUUUCAUUAUGGUACAAUGUAUUUCAUGACUUGUAAAGAAUCUGGAAAAAGUGUGGGUGCCGUAUUGUGCGUUUAUCAAGUGGUGUUGCAUUUACCCAAACUGUAUUAUUUGAGGAAAUGGGCAACACAAAUGCAGUGCUUUACAGGGAUGUGUGUGUGUGUGUGUGCCUGAAAUUGGCCUCUGUGGUAUCAAUAACUGUUAAAUGAGAUUAUUAUUAUUAUUAUUAUUAUUAUUAUUAUUAUUUAUAAUAUGUAGUGUAGUAUAUAUUUGAGUACCUUUUAUAUUAAUAUAUAUAUAGUAUGUAGCUGCUCUAGCUGAUAAGGAAGGGUGGACCUGCUGAUGCACACUGAACGUUCUGGGGUUGACUGCUGACAGUACAAAUAAUUUCAAAUGAUGAGACCAAAUGUUUAUACAAUGCACAGAUUUACAAACACUAAAGCUGCUACAGUGGUAGAGUAAAGCUAAAUGUGUGUAGAUAAUAUGGCACAUUCCUGGCAGGAGGUUUUAGACUAUUGCUGCAGCUGAGGAUUUGCCAACUUCAAACCUCCCACUUCCCUUGUUAUAGCGUUCAGGCAAACUCACAAACACACUGUAAACUGGAAUGCUGUUUGAUUAGUGAUCCAUUAAUAUUUAAACUGGAUGUAAAAUACGUGUGUAAUAGUGUCGAAAAUGGCAUGAAAGAAAAAUAUGGCAGGAAAUGGACUGUUGGCAAAGUAUCAUCUAGUAUUUAGUGAUUUCAAAUAUAAACAGAAAAUACAAAGGCUACUUAAAAAUCCUUAAAUCUUACAUGUUUCUUUUUCUUACUCUUCACCGUGAGCAUGUUGAAGUGACGUCGCAGAAUUACAACUCUGAGAAGUUUGAGCUCUGGAUGAAACCAUUAUGAAUCGGAGUGGCGUUCAAACGAACCUUUCCUACUGGGAACUUCCCAGUUCCCAUUUAGUCAUGGACGCAUUAUUUUCAGCCUCCAACUAGGAAAAACCAGUGAAGAUUCCCCAAAACUUGGAGUGGAAGUUGGGAAGAUGUCUUUAGCUUAUAUUCUUGCUCAUAUUCUCUGGUCAUCUACUUUAAAUGAGUUAUAGUGGUAUGUUCUUUAGGUCAGUGAAUACAGUUGAUUUACUGUUUAUUAAAACAGCAAACUGUAUGGCCAAUCGUUAAGUAAAUACACCAUAAAGUCAUGAUUAAUGGUAGCUGGCUUUUUCCACCAAGCAAGUUCCUACUUCCCACUUCAUUGUUUCUUUGUCCUAGCAUACAGCAUUUGCAAGUGUUGAAAUAAAACUGUUUUUUUAGGACCCUGUGGAGAUGGCUACCAUUUCACACCAAAAAAACUGUCCUCAUCAUCGGUCACUGUGGAAAAAUGAGAGCAUUUUGGUCAUUUAUUGAUAUUUGAGGACUCGAUACAAGCAAACCUAGAAGGAACUUAUUAAAACCGAGCAAUGUUUGAUAGACAAAGCCAAUCUAAAAAAAUAAAAAGAAGAAUCAUGCAAUGAAGCUUAUAUGUGAACAUAAAUGAACAAAUGUACCUUGUGGUUAAGGCAUUGUAAAACUGCAACUGUUGGGCCCCUGAGCAAGGCCCUUAAGUCCCUCUAUGUAUCGUAGCUGCAACUGUACUCUGACCCCAACGUCCACAGCAGGAAUAUGUGAAGAAAAGUAUUCCACUGUGCUGUAAUAUGUGUGACAAUAAUAAAAGCUGCUUCUUCUUCUUUUAGUAGUAACGUCCAGUUGUGUACCUUAGUGACGUUUCUUUGCAAGUAUGUCCAUCCAUUUAAGGGUACAGUGGCUCAGAGUUUGAGCUAUAGGAGGUUUGGGGUUCAAAUUGAACAAGAGUCCUAACCCUCAGCUGUCCAGUUGUGUCCUUUGGAUAAAAGCAGAGUUAAUUCUAAAUACCCCCCAGUUUAGUAGAAUGUUUUUAAAGAGUGUUCUUUUUCGGAAUGACCCCCUAUCAACCCCCUGCCCUGUGCAUCAGCCCCCUCUUUACCUUUAACUUAGCAGCUACAUGAUGUUUUAUUGCACACAAUCAAAGGUUUGACAAUGGAAAAGACACUGGGGUUGUGUUGUAUGCAGAUUUUCCCAUGUUCAAGACUGAAGAAUUCAUUUUAUUUUAUUUGUGAUAAAAAAUAUAAAUAC